AUGUCAUCCACGAUAGCCUCUCCUGAUGGCUCAGAACAGCCUUCUGCAGAAACUUUGGAAGUGCAACCACAACUACAAUUGACCCCGCAUGCAAUCUUGUGCAUCAACGCUGGGGAUGAUGUCCCCUCUCUAGUGCUUCAGCUUUUGUCUUUUGAAAAAUUAACAGCCGAAGAAGAUGACAGUGCCCGAUAUAGGGUUGUUUUGUCUGAUGCCACGCACAUGCAAUUGGCGAUCCUCCCGCCUAAGACUAUAGUAAUAUUCAGCCUUGCUGUCAAAUUUACAAAUUCUCCAUUGCUUGGAAAACCUAGAUAUCUGUUUAAAGAGAAAGAACAACAAAUGUUGGGUCGGGACACACCUGCCACAACCAAAUGUUCCCUUAAAUUUGGAAUACACCUCCCACCUGUGCAGCGUGAAUCUUCUAUUAAUAUCAGCCCGAUUAAAGCCUUGAACCCCUAUCAAAAUAAUUGGACGAUUAAGGGGCGCGUGACAAACAAGAGGAAGAUGCAUCAAUAUAGUACACCAAAGUCCACCGGCCAAGUGUUUAAUUUUGACAUGAUAGAUGAUGAAGGCACUGAAAUUAGAAUAACUUGCUUUGGCGAUGAAGUAGAGAUGCAUUAUCAUAGGGUUGAAGCAGGAACAUAUUAUACUGUAUCAAAAGGUUGCAUUAAAGAAGCUAACACAAAAUGGAACAAGCUUAACAGUCAUCUUGAGAUAACUUUGGACAACAAUUCGGUAUUGAAGCGUUGUGAUGCUGUUGUUGAUAUCCAAAGAAAUAAUUCACGUUUCACACCGAUUAAUGAAAUUACAUACUGCACCAACAACAUUUUAGUUGAUGUUAUUGGUAUUGUAGUCGCUGUUGGAGAACCCUCAUUAAUUCGCAGAAAAGAUGGCAGUGAAGUAACAAAGAGAAUUGUCAAAAUAAAUGACAUCUCAACUUUUACUAUCGAUGUUAACUUAUGGGGAGCAACAUGGCAAGGGGUGGGUGAAGAUUUGAAGAACAUGCAUGCAACCCAAACAGCUGUUGUCCUUGCAGUCAGAAAUGCCCGGGUUGGUUAUUUCAAUGGAAAGGUUAUUAACACAACCACUGCAACAACUCUAGCUAUAAACCCUUCUAUCCCUGAAAUAGAGACACUUAUAUCAAGAGGAAAGAUUCUAGAUGACCUUUUAAUAGUGUCUUGUGUUGUUGGACAACUUAACUCACAAUACAACAGGAUGACAAUCACAGCUGUUUUAGAAUGUACAAGUGUUCUCUCUGAAACAAUUGAAACUACUAUCAGGGCUACUAUGAAGCUCCUAGAUCAUACAGGCACUCUUUGGGCUACUGCCUUUGAUGAGGUUGGCACAAAUUUGCUGCAAAUAUCUGCCAAGGACCUUUACAUGCUGCAGUACGAUUUAACUACAAAGAGAACACCUCAGACUAUUAUCAAGGGUGUCCUUUUAUCUAGCUUUGUUUUCACACUUUCUAUUACAACAGACAUGUACAAUUCAGAGCCCAGGCUCAAAGCAACAAUUACCAAAGUCACGAAUAUCAAUUUCCAGGCUGAAUGUACUCUUUUGCUUGCAGAGAUUGCUCGGAUGAGCACAGCUAUAGUGUUCCCGACUAAUUAG